CUGAGUGAGUGUUUGGUGAAUCGUCCGUUAAUUAAAUGCGACAUUGAUUUAAUUACGUUUGUGUGGACAACUGUAGAUGCUCUUACGAUGUGGACCGCUGGACUUGCAUAUUUCGGCGUCUCUGUUCUCGUCUGUGCAAUGAGCAGCGACAGAAGUUUAGAGGAUAAAGGCCGCGUUGAGUUUCUCAGAGCGCGAGAACUGGCGGCGCAACCCCGCUAUGGCGCGUGCUGGUCCCUCGCGCUGAAGAACAUACAGUCAAGCUGCAGUCAGUUCAGUGAAGAUGUGCAGAGCAAAAUUGCGCUGUCCUUCACACACUGCCACCUGCAAAGGUCAGGUCGUGCUUUUCCAGAGUGUCCUGAAAAUAGUGACGUCAAAACAUGCACACAGGACAUGGACCCUGUUGCCUUCAGCACGUACACUGAGUUUUUCACUCAUGCACACAGUAUAUGUCAUUAUCUGCAGAGUGAACGCUGGCAACACAGAGCAGAAAACACCAUUCACAGGCUCACCGAGAGUUCAGCUGGGGUGGCGGAGCAGUUGACGUCCACCCAGCGGAUGGCAGAAGAUCUGGUUAUAGCCCAAAGCGCGGCGCUCAAGUCCCAGGAGACCAUCCUACGCAAUGGAGAAGAGCUAAAGAGCACGCUGCAGGACUCAACACAAGGUCUGAGAGAUGUGUUUGCAGAAAUGAGGCAUUCUGCUCGGGAGCAGCAGGUGGCGUUUGCCGAGAUCUUUAACCGUGUGGCUUUUCUCCAGAGCUUCAUCAUGUCCGAGACGCACACAUUCAGUUCCCUCUUCUACAACGCUCUGGGCAUCGUUGCCUCUUUUUUUCUGACCUCUGUGCAGCGUACAGCGGGUGCCAGAUUUUUUCUUUUCGGAAUCGUGGCUUUGAAUGUGUAUCUGGAAAGGAUGAUCUGUCGGAUGGUUUUGGAAAAUGAGGAUGAAGGUUAUCAACAGAUGGAGAGAAUCACCUUUUUAGUUGGAAUCCUAAGAAGAGCUAUGAUUCUAAUCGGUUGUCUCGUUCUGCUCUACUUUGCUCUGCGGUAUCGGAACAUCGGCAGAGAAAGUCUGGAGAUUCUGCAAGAGCUUAAGGAGACUCGCUCUGACCUUCAGCAGGCCCUCCAGAGAGCAGAAUGUCUGUCGGCAUCUGUGCAUGAAUGGAAGAGAACCAGACGAAGUCGCUGGGAAUGCAAGCAGGAAGAUAGCGAUGGCAGUUUAGUUAUUUUACAUCCCUCUAGUGUUGUGAAUUCAGCUCUGUCGACAUUCUCGGGCUCUCGUGACACCCAGCAUUGUGAGAGCUUUUCUCCAUCGCUGGAGACAAAGAGUACCACAGAACCCUUGAGACGCCGGCGACGCACUUCAGAGUCUCGUGUGCGGCCGUCCGCCGCUGUGGUGUACAGUGUGCUGGUGGAUGAUGAUCAGCCGAGGUAUAGCCUUAGAAGUCGGAGAUCAUUGUGUGGUCCACAGGUUAGAGAAAUAAGAUCCAAGUAUGCCUAAUGCCAUCCAUUCUGAUCCAAGUAUGCCAAGAAAAAUCCAAAGGCCACAUCAUCCAAAAGUUCACAACUCUUUGAAAGACUUUUUGAAAUGUUUGCUGCUUUUUAACCUUGAACAUUGUUGUGAUGUCAUGUUUUUUUGUUUUUACAAAUACAAUAAAUGAA